AUGGAAGAUGGUCUCGACCGAGACAUGGGUAUCCUGGCAGACUACCUUCAGAAGUGGCACCUUCAGCUCAGUGUGGGCAAGACAGUGUCUGCAGCAUAUCAUCUCAACAAUCGGGAAGUAAGAAGGGAACUGGAUGUGUAUGUUGGCAACAACCGCCUGGAGUUCCAGCAAGCCCCCAAGUACCUUGGUGUAUGCUUGGAUCGGACACUGUCCUAUAAACAACACCUGGAUGAAGUGAAGGCCAAGUCUUUCACUACACUGCUGCACAGCAUGAACGACAGAGCUGGAGACAGAGGAGAGGGAUGGAUGGAGGAUCAGUGGGAGAAAUGGUUGACCCAUGACAUAAGUUUAAAUGAAUUUGAGGAUGAGGACUUGUCAGAAAUCACAGAGAUCACAGACGAGCGAGGUCUCAGCCUGAACUGCAAUGGCUUCGACAUCAAGGGUCAUAUGGUGCGGCCAUCCAGUAGUGUUGCUCGGAAGGUGGAGCCAGGCGCAGUGGGGCAUGUCUGCUCAGAGACGCUUCCCUUGGAGAUGAUCAACGGAGCAGAGGGAACACACACUGGUGACACACACACCACGAGCACACGCUCCAAGGAUACGUACACCAUGGACACAUACCGACCCAAACGGCCCACCACGCUCAACCUGUUCCCACAGGUGCCCCGCACACAGGACACACUGAACAACAACUCGUUUGGAAAGAAGUACAGCUGGCAGGAGAAAGUCUCUCACUCCACCUCACCGCAAAAAACAGGCGAUCUGGCACCUCGUGAGCACAUCUGCCUGAGCGACGAGGACAAAAUCAAAACCGAAACGAAAGACUGUGGCACCUCAACAGACACGCCCACCAAACGGCCAGCCCCUCCCAGACAGGCUGCUCCAUCUGUAGCCCCGCCCAUUAAAGCUAGUGCCUGUGAGCAGUCAGGGCAUCGUGACCGCAUUCGAUAUCACACGGAUGUGUGCGUAGAAGCUACUGAGGAGAUUUACCUGACUCCUGAUAGACCAGGCCGCAUGUCAAUCAUCACUGACGGUGAGGCCCCGCCCCCUUAUCAUCCUCCACUUUACCAAAAGGCAAAUGCAGCCAUCAUGGAGGAAGAAGAGGAAGAGCCUCCACCAUCUUACGCAUCCUGUGUGGCAGCCUCUGCAUCACUUGAUCUCAGGAGUAGGAGAAGAAGAAACAGCCGAGGAAGUGCAGAACUCAGGAGAAGAGGAAGGAAAGAAGAAGAAGUGGAGGAAGAAGACGAACAGGAAACUAGGAUUUCUUCAAAUGGACUCUCAUACGAUUCGGUUAAAUACACGCUUGUGGUGGAUGAAGAUGCGCAGCUGGAGCUUGUGAGCCUGAAGGAGUGCUUUCACAGUUACAGCGAUGACAGCGACUCAGCCACGGUCUACGAUAACUGCGUUUCCUCACCAUAUGGUGAGGAAUUCGAGGACGAGGAAGUGGAUCUAGAUGAAGUGCAUGGUGCCAGAGGGGCAAGAAUGGGCGGAGCCAGGAGGGAAGCCACUGCUUGCUUAUCGGAAGAUUCCACACCUGAGGCAGAUAUCCCAUUUUCAAGAAAGUUCCUCAACGUCUUUUUGAAUGGACGAUCACGCUCUUCCAGUUCAGAGUCCUUUGGUUUGUUUUCAUGCAUUGUUAAUGGAGAAGAGAGAGAUCAGAGUCAUCGGGCCGUUUACAGGUUUGUCCCCCGUCAUGAGGAUGAGCUGGAGCUGGAGGUGGAUGAUCCUUUACUAGUGGAGGUUCAGGCAGAUGAUUUUUGGUACGAAGGCUACAACAUGCGCACCGGAGCCCGAGGGAUAUUUCCUGCGUACUACGCCAUUGAAGUGACCAAGGAGCCUGAGCAGAUUAAAAAAGUGAGAAGUGCAGACUGGAUGGAGAGGUACAGCCUGAAAUUCCUCGGCUCUGUCCAAGUGCCGUACCACAAAGGGAACGAGGUGCUCUGUGCAGCCAUGCAGAAGGUUGCCAACAACAGGAGGAUGACUCUGCAUUAUAACCCCCCUUCAUCCUGCAUAUUGGAAAUCAACAUGAAAGGAGUGAAACUCACAGUGCAGGAUGACUACGGAGUAUACGACAGAAGUAGUCAAUGCACUCACUUCUUCCAGUUGAAGAAUAUCUCGUUCUGUGGCUAUCAUCCGAAAAACAACAAAUACUUUGGCUUCAUCACGAAACAUCCAGCAGAUCAGCGAUUCGCCUGCCACGUGUUUGUGUCUGAAAACUCCACCAAGGCCCUGGCAGAGGCUGUGGGGAAAGCGUUCCAGCUGUAUUAUAAAGAGUUUGUGGAGUUUUCGUGCCCUACAGAAGACAUCUAUCUGGAAUAAACACAAUUCUGCUUGCAGAUCCGUGUACAGAUAUACAGGAGGAUUAUUUUGCAUGACGGAUGAAGCAGUAACGUAA